AUGCCUGCAAGUGGCGUAAUCAGCUUUUUGGCCGGGUUGCUUCGGGAGAAAGUCUACAGCAGAAACUUUGUUGUCACCGGUGGCAAGAUGGAAAAAGAGGUCAAGAGGGCAGGAGAAGGUGACUGGGAAGUCCCCAGGAAGUGCCACUUUCAGUUUUCCGUCUCCCUGGGCCCAGGCUGGCCAGAGCAUCGCUGUAACAAAUGGUCUUCCUCCUCAUCACGAGCUUCCUCCUCUCGCGGGGCUCAGCCUCAUCAUCAGAGCGGUGCCUCUGACAACCCCGAGCCCAUUCAAGACACCUCGAAGAAAGGGGACCCGGCACGGUGGAGCUUCGGAAUCUACACCGCGCUGGAAUCCUUGAGGAAGCGGUUCCUUCCAUUGUUCCUCCGAGGAAUCAAGCAACAGCCAUGUGAUCUGGCCCCGAAAGCGGGUCCCUCCACACCCCCGUGUGACCCAAGUCAAGUUCCCAGUCGCCACAGAGACACUGCUGUCUAACAAUCCAAUGGCAAGGGGUGG